AGUUUUAUUAUUCUUCUCCAAAAAAAACCUCUCUUUGUGAGCCAACGCGAAACCCUAGCUAGGUUUACACCUCCACCUCCAUGGACGAUCCCGAUGGAGGCCUGAGCUUUGACUUCGAGGGCGGCCUCGAUGCGGCCGUCCCGGCCGCCCCCGUUGCGGGAUCCGCCUCACUCAUGCCGUCCGAAGCCUCGGGGAACGCUGGAGUUGUGGGCGUCACUGGCGUCCCAGGUGAUCCAUCGGUGGUUAUGGCCGGAGGUGGUGCUGGGAGGAGGAGCUUCCGGCAGACGGUGUGCCGGCACUGGCUGCGGAGUUUGUGUAUGAAGGGAGAUGCGUGCGGGUUCCUCCAUCAGUAUGAUAAGUCUCGGAUGCCUGUUUGCCGCUUUUAUAGGCUUUAUGGCGAGUGCCGCGAGCAAGACUGCGUGUAUAAGCACACCAACGAGGAUAUCAAGGAGUGCAAUAUGUACAAAAUGGGUUUCUGUCCGAAUGGUCCGGAUUGUCGAUAUCGACAUGCAAAGUUACCAGGACCCCCUCCGUCUGUGGAAGAAGUUCUUCAAAAGAUUCAGCAUUUGAGUUCUUUUGGUUAUGGAUCUUCAAACAAAUUUUUUCAGCACAGAAACAAUGGUUACACUCAGUCCGAGAAGCCUCAGUUUUCCCAAGGCUCAGCUGCUCCUAAUCAAGUGACACCAGUGAACUCAGCUGUUACCCUUGCUCCACCCAAUGCACAGCAGACACAAUCACAGCCACAACAGCCUCAGCAACAACAAGCUAGUCAGGUUCAGGCACAGAAUCCUUUAAAUGGCUCAUCAAACCAAGUCAAUAGAAUAGCCUCACCACUUCCUCAAGGGCAAUCUAGGUAUUUUAUUGUUAAAAGUUGCAACCGAGAAAAUUUGGAAAUAUCUGUUCAGCAAGGUGUGUGGGCCACUCAAAGGAGUAAUGAGGCUAAGCUUAAUGAAGCUUUUGAAUCCUCAGAGAAUGUUAUUUUGAUAUUCUCAAUCAAUAGAACUCAACGUUUUCAGGGUUGUGCGAAGAUGACUUCAAAAAUUGGUGGAUUUAUUGGGGGAGGCAAUUGGAAAUAUGCACAUGGAACUGCACAUUAUGGGCGGAACUUUUCCAUCAAAUGGUUAAAGCUAUGUGAGUUGUCCUUCCACAAAACUCGUCAUCUUCGAAAUCCGUAUAAUGAUAACCUACCGGUGAAGAUAAGCCGUGAUUGCCAAGAAUUGGAACCUUUUAUUGGUGAGCAAUUGGCUUCUCUACUUUACCUUGAGCCUGAUAGUGAACUCAUGGCAAUGUUUGUUGCUGCAGAAGCAAAACGUGAGGAAGAGAAGGCUAAAGGAGUCACCGCAGAUGCCGCAGCAGAUAAUCAGGAUAUUGUGUUGUAUGAGGACAAUGAGGAAGAGGAGGAAGAAGAAAGUGAGGAAGAGGAUGAUAGCUUUAAUCAAGCGGUGCAAGGCAGAGGGAGAGGUAGAGGAAUGCCAUGGCAGCCACCGAUGCCAAUGAUCAGAGGAGGAAGGCCCAUGCUCUCUGGUUUCCCUCCAGCAAUGAUGGGUGCUGAUGGUUUUGGCUUCGGGCCAGUUGCACCAGAUGGUUUUGCUACACCAGAUCUUUUUGGCAUGCCUCCGAGGGUCUUCGGACCAUUUGGUGGCCCUGCAGGCAUGGGCUUUCCUGCUCGGCCUGCCCAGCCUGGGGCUAUGUUUCCCAUGGGUAGCCUUGGAAUGAUGAUGGGUGCCGGUCGGACACCAUUCAUGGGUGGAAUGAACAUGGCUAGAGCAAACCGGCCAAUUGGAGUGGCCCCAUUCCUCCAUCCACCACCUCCCCCACUCAACAAUCGAAUUGUGAAGAAAGAUCAGAAAAGGCUAGUUGGUGAUCAGGGGAGCAAGGGUCAGGACUCAUCAGGAGGUGCUGGUGGAGAGGACGAUGAUAGGUUCCAAUCGAGCCUGAAGUCCCAGCAUGAGGGUAAGUAUGGUAUGGAUAAUGAGGAGAGUGAAAGUGAGGAUGAGGCACCUAGGCGAUCGAGACAUGGAGAAGGCAAGCGGAAGAGACGUGGCUCGCAGGGGGAGUCUGCAUCUGACCAGUGGGAGACACCAUUGGCUUAAGUAUUAUUACCUGUGACAUACAAGAACCUAAUUCUUUUUUCCCCUGAAACCAUGCCUGGUUCUUCUUGUAAUAUGCAUUAACCCAGAGCAUGAGAAUUUUAUGAUGUUUACAAGGAUAAUAUGUUAGAUGGAUUCAGUUGUAUGUGUUUAUUAUGAUGGAUGUAUAAGCAUACAGUAUUCAGUAAAAAUCUGCAGUCAUUGAACUUGUUCUGAUUAGAAAUGAUUUGAAUUCGGAUAUGUAAAUCAUUCUGCGUUAGUUUCAAGCGAAUUUUGAGUCUUGAAGCA